GAGAACUAUGUUGAAAUGUACUACUUCAGUGUGGCUUUCAACUGCAUAUCGUUCCUCCACACUGACUUAUUUUCUUUCAACAUGGGAAGACAUCUGCCAUUUUACAUUUGGUUGGCAUUCAUUCCUGUUCUUGUAUCUUCGGAUUUUUUAAUAGAACAACUCAGGAAUGUCAAGAAAAGAAAUACAAUUGAUGGGCAUCCUAAAGGCAUAGAAAUAUAUUGGGUGAAAAUUGAUUGCAGUGUUACUUCUCGAUUCUCCCGAAAUGUCAUCACUAGCCGAGCUGUCAAUCGGGCUAAUGUGUCCAAGGAAGCCUUCUUUGAUGUGGAGCUUCCUAAAACAGCCUUCAUUACCAACUUCACCAUGACAAUUGAUGGUGUCACCUAUCCUGGAACCAUAAAAGAAAAAGAAGUUGCCCAAAAACAGUACCAAAAGGCAGUUUCAAGUGGACGGACUGCUGGUCUGGUGAAGGCUUCUGGAAGGAAAACUGAGAAGUUCAGUGUUUCAGUAAAUGUUGCAGCUGCCAGUAAAAUAACUUUUGAAUUGACCUAUGAGGAACUUCUGAAACGAAGCUUUGGAAAGUAUGAAUUGUUCAUAAAAGUGAAUCCAAAGCAGCUUGUCAAUAAGUUUGAGAUUGAGGCAAACAUUUUUGAGCCUCAAGGCAUCAGUGAUCUCGAAGUGGAAGGAACAUUCCUCAAUAAUGAGUUAUUGCCACUUGUGCAAAAGUCCUACUCAGGAAAGAAGGCCCAUGUGUUAUUCAGUCCCACUAUUGAUCAACAGCGAACCUGCGACAACUGCACAACCUCUCUGCUGCAAGGAGAUUUUCUCAUAAAAUAUGAUGUGAACAGAGAUAUACCUAGUAACUUACAGAUUGUCAAUGGAUACUUUGUACACUUUUUUGCACCAAAAAAUCUUGCCCAUUUACCUAAGAAUGUUGCCUUCGUAAUAGAUGUCAGUGGCUCCAUGUGGGGAUCCAAAAUACGUCAGGCAAAGGAAGCAAUGAUAAAAAUAGUUGAAGAUUUAAAGGAAGACGAUCAUUUUAAUAUCAUACUGUUUGAAAGCGAAGUCCGUAAAUGGAAAGAUGGCAUAAUUAAAGCUACUCCUGAGAAUGUGCAAGAAGCAAAGUAUUUCAUUGGAAAUAUUACUGAGAGUGGACUAACAAAUUUUAAUGGUGGUUUAAUGGCUGGAAUUGAGAUGUUGAAUAAUGCCCAUAAAUUAAAAAUUGUACCUGAAAGAAGUGCCUCCCUGACUAUCAUGUUAUCAGAUGGAGAGGCCAAUGUAGGUGAAACAGAUCAAUUUAGAAUUCAGGAAAAUGCAAAAAAUGCAUCCCAAGGAAAAUACCCUUUGUACAGUCUUGGUUUUGGAUAUAAUCUUGACUAUGGAUUUUUGGAAAGAUUGUCAAAAGUGAACAAUGGUGUGGCUCGCCGUAUCUAUGACGACUCUGAUGCAGCCUUACAAUUACAGGGUUUUUAUGAUGAAGUUGCCAAUCCUUUGCUUACUGACGUAGCAUUAGAAUAUCCUGAAAAUGUCAUCUCUGACGUGACUGAAAAUAAUUUUAAACAUUAUUAUGAUGGCUCAGAGCUUGUUGUGGCCGGACGAAUUACAGACAAUGAUUUGAACAGUAUUACGGCAGAGGUGAAAGCUCAUGGAGCGCUUAAGGAUCUGACUUUCACUGAACAAGCAGAUGUUGAAGAAACAGCCAAAGCUUUUGAGGAGCAAAAGUACAUAUUUGGAGAAUAUAUUGAGAGACUCUGGGCUUAUCUCACAAUUCGGCAACUUUUAGAGAAAAGCUCCAUAGCAACAGGAUAUGAAAAGGGAAACCUCACUGCUAAAGCCUUGGAGAUGUCUUUGAAAUAUAAGUUUGUGACUCCUUUGACAUCCAUGAUAGUCACAAAGCCAGAAGACGAUGAAGAACCAGAGGUAGUUGCUGACAAGCCUAUAGAAGAGUUCCUUUCUUUUCAAACAGCAGGCAGGCAUUCCCAGUACAGUGCUCCAUCAACUCCAUAUCAUUAUUCUAGUGUUGAUGGAGAUCCACACUUCAUUAUUGCAGUGCCUCAAAAAGAAGAUGCCCUUUGUUUCAAUAUUAAUGAAGACCCAGGGGCAGUCUUAAGUUUAAUAAGUGACCCAGUUACAGGUAUUGUGGUCAAUGGACAGCUCAUUGGUGAGAAGAAAAGCAACAAUGAUGUAAGAGAACAGAAUACAUAUUUUGGAAAACUUGGGAUCGCAAAUAUCCACCGGAAUAUAAAAAUUGAGAUCACCACUGAGCAAAUCAUUCUUCAUAAUGGUGUAAAACGUACAGCAUUCAGUUGGCUUGAUGAAGUUAUCUUGCAACAACCCAGUCUGACUCUAGUCAUCAAACGAAAAAAGAGCAUGGAGGUUUCAAUGGACAACGGAGCAAAAUUUGUUGUUAUUUUGCAUCAAGUAUGGAAAAAACAUCCCCUGCACCGAGAUUUCCUAGGAUUUUAUACACUGGAUAGUCACAGACUGUCUCAACAAACUCAUGGAUUGCUAGGUCAAUUUUUCCGCCCCAUUGACUUCGAUAUCCUUGAAGUCCAUCCUGGGUCUGAUCCAGAAAAACCAGAUGCCACAAUGGUUGUGAAAAAUAACUGGUUGACCGUAACAAGGGGCUGGCAGAAGGAUUACACAGAAGAUACUCGCCAUGGCCUCAAUGUGCCUUGCUGGUUUGUUCACAACAAUGGAGAAGGCCUUAUUGAUGGGGUGCACACAGACUAUAUUGUUCCCAGCAUAUUUGGAUGAAUAGUCCCUGUGAUUAUGAAAAUAUUUUUUUCCUAAGGCAAUAUGUUCAGAAUCUCAGCUAUAAUCUAGAAUUAUGUGUAUUAUAUGUUCCUGUCAGCAGCUGGAUACUUUUAUGAUCUGUCAUGAUGACUUCUUCCUUAUGGAAAACAGUUGUUUGCCUAAUUUUAUUGCAAAACAAUAAAUGAGUACUCUGCGUGAAUUUAA